ACAAGAUAAAAAGUUGAAUCAAAAUAAAUAAAAAGCUAAAAAAAAAAAUCAAACUCCAGGCGUCUACAUCCUGCUAAAUUAUUUCUAGCAAAAAUUAUUCAGCAGAAAAACUUCUUCAACUCAAAGAUAUUUUUACAAAAUUUCCAAGGUUUUCGUCUGCACAUGGAGAAGGAGGUCAGUCCAAGAAUGUUCAGGAAACAGUGCCAAGGAGAUCUGGUUUGUGAUGAAUUUUAGUGCACGGCGAUGAACAGUGUCCAAAGUCUGUAAAACCCCUGAGGUUUAUCCCAGACUUGAAGGACACUCUCACUGGCCUUUUUCUGUGGUUUUAAAAGUAAAGCACAACUUACAUCUUAUUUCAUUUGUUAUCUGUUGUGUAUUGCGGUCUUAGUGUGAGUUUACAUGCUAAUUUGAAAGGUGGGGCAGUCAGUAGGGCAUAGCUGCAGUUACAAAAGACAACAUUAACUAUUUGGAAAACUGACCCAGGCAUAAUAAUAUAGAUCAAAUCAAAAAGCGCAAGGGAAGAGAUGUGCUUUCUGUAGAAUGGGAAGCAUUCCUCAGAACAUGCAAACCACAUUUAUCCUCGACACACAGCUUUACAUUUUUAUUCUCAAUGAAUCAUAUUCUGACUUCAUUCUACUUAUUCAAGCUUAUGUCUUAUGCUUCCAUUUAUUUGAUGAUGUUGUCAUUCGACUUACUGCCAGAAAUGACUGACAAUUUCAGGCUGAAAUACCGUCCAAGUCAACAAAAUGCAGUUUAAAUCCCAACCUCUCUCAGAAAUCACCAUAAAGCAAUGAAAAUGAUCCUGUUUAAGAGGCUAUGAGGAUUGUGUCCUUUUGUUUGCUUUGUGUUCAGUUAGGAUUUCUUUUUUUCCUGUUACAGUCUCACCUGGUUUCAUUGGAUAAUUAUCCACAGCUGUCUUCAAUGAAGUUAAUCCUCCUCAGUGUGUUUAAGUGUCUGGUUUUCCACUCAUCUGUUAUGGUUCCUCUUUGAAAUAUCUAAAUCUUUAAUAUAUCUACCACUUUUAUACAUCAAAGAUAUAUAAAAGUAUACUCUUUGUUUCACAUUUUUUCUUGUUUUGGUAAUUAUUGAACCUUUUAGUCUGGUAUUUUGGAUAAUUUUUUCUCCUGUUUAUGGCAGAAGCAAAAUGUCUUCAGCUUAAAAAAAAUACUUUGACUUUUUAAAAAAUUUUUUAAUUUUUUAUUAUUAUUAUUAAAAAAAAAAUAAAAAAACUUUUUUUUUUCUGCCAUGGAACCAUCCUGGAUGAAUGACUCUGCACUGACAUCUAAUGACAAACAAAAGGGUUUGAGUCUGGACUUCAUCCAUCAUAAGCCGACUACAACUACUUCAGAAACCUUACCUACCCUGGCCUCUGUCACCGAAAUCUCAGCUCAAAGGAUGGAGACCCUCAGCGUUGACGGGCUGUUGCACCCUCUGACAAGGGAUGCCUAAAGAUGAAUGUGCUCUUCUCGACGGCAGAGGUUGUUGACAUGACCUUUCUUGGGAGUGUUUUCCAGACUGUGAGACAUGUUUAUAAGUUUUCCCCUCAUCAAGAAGGAGGAAACUUGAUGGCUGCUACACCUUCUUUGGAUAGUUUCUGUUUCCUGGGCUUUAAAGAAAGGAUCCUCAGCUACCACGACCAUCAGCUGCUCCGCUGUUAAUCUCUUUUGGAUUUAUUUAAGCCUUGAGUUUGUCAUUGUAGCUGGGUGGCAUAGGUGCAAGAAAGGACGUUUCUCUCAACUCUGGAAGGACAAUAAGCACAAAACAUUUUCAAAAGGAGGCCCAUAAGCAUGUCCCGAUUGGGACACUGUUCAAGUACUGGUUUUAAUUGCCUUCAAACUCUCACAACAAUGGGAUGUGUACGACUCAGAGGUUUACGGAGCACAGGAUGGUGGGUGUCCACAGGCCUGCUGCUUGUUGCAGUGUUGGGUCAGAAACUGGAUGAGAACGACCCGGUGGUCAUCACCAGCAGUGGCAAGAUCCGAGGGAUAAAGAAGGAGCUCAACAACGAGAUCCUCGGUCCUGUUGUUCAGUUUCUAGGGGUUCCCUAUGCUGCUCCACCCACCGGCGAACGCCGCUUUCAACCUCCAGAGCCCCCUCUGUCCUGGUCAGACAUCCGCAACGCCACGCACUUUGCCCCAGUGUGCCCUCAGAGCAUUGUGGAGGGCCGCCUCCCGGACGUCAUGCUCCCAGUGUGGUUUACCAACAGCAUUGACGUGGUCUCCACUUACGUCCAGGACCAGAGCGAGGACUGCCUCUAUCUCAACAUCUACGUCCCUACAGAGGAUGGUCCCCUAACAAAGAAACACACUGAUGAUUUAGGUGAUAAUGACCGCACGGAUGAUGAAGACAUUAGAGAGAGUGGAAGCCCCAAGCCGGUGAUGGUGUUUAUCCACGGGGGCUCCUACAUGGAAGGAACCGGAAAUAUGUUUGACGGCAGCAUCCUGGCCAGCUACGGGAAUGUGAUUGUCAUUACCGUUAACUACCGUCUGGGCGUCCUAGGAUUCCUGAGUACUGGUGACCAGGCUUCUAAAGGGAAUUACGGCUUGUUGGACCAGAUCCAGGCUCUUCGUUGGACCAGUGAGAACAUAGCAGCCUUCGGGGGCGACCCAUUGCGGAUCACCGUUUUCGGCUCUGGUGCUGGAGCUUCCUGUGUGAACCUGCUAACUCUGUCUCACUACUCUGAGGGCAACCGCUGGAGCAACUCCACCAAAGGUCUCUUCCAGCGGGCCAUUGCUCAAAGCGGAACAGCCCUCUCCAGCUGGGCUGUCAGUUUUCAGCCCGCCAAGUACGCCCGGAUGCUGGCCCGUAAGGUGGGGUGUAACCUGGAGGACACUGUGGAGCUUGUGACGUGCCUGCAAAAAAAACAUUUUAAAGAACUUGUGGAUCAAGACAUCCAGCCGGCCCGCUACCAUAUUGCAUUUGGACCUGUUAUAGAUGGAGACGUAAUACCUGAUGACCCACAAAUACUAAUGGAGCAAGGUGAAUUUCUCAACUAUGAUAUAAUGCUGGGAGUAAACCAAGGAGAAGGCCUUAAGUUUGUGGAGCUCAUUGUCGACAAUGACAACGGCGUUCAGGCUAAUGACUUUGACUACGCUGUAUCCAGCUUUGUUGAUGACCUCUACGGCUACCCAGAAGGCAAAGACAUCCUGAGAGAAACUAUCAAGUUUAUGUAUACCGACUGGGCAGACAGGCACAACCCAGAAACCCGCCGGAAAACACUUCUGGCACUUUUCACCGAUCAUCAGUGGGUGGCACCAGCUGUCGCCACAGCUGACCUGCACUCUAGUUUUGGAUCCCCUACCUACUUUUAUGCUUUCUACCAUCACUGUCAAACAGAGCAGGUUCCGCCCUGGGCAGAUGCUGCUCAUGGAGACGAGAUUCCGUAUGUGUUUGGGCUGCCAAUGAUUGGACCCACAGAACUGUUUCCAUGUAAUUUCUCCAAGAACGAUGUGAUGCUCAGCGCCGUGGUCAUGACCUACUGGACCAACUUUGCCAAGACAGGGGACCCAAACCAGCCUGUCCCUCAGGACACCAAAUUCAUCCACACAAAGCCGAACCGUUUUGAGGAAGUGGCAUGGACUCGAUACAACCAGAAAGAUCAGCUGUAUCUGCACAUUGGCCUGAAGCCACGGGUCAAAGAGCACUAUCGUGCCAAUAAAGUCAACUUGUGGCUGGAGUUGGUUCCUCAUCUUCACAGCCUCAAUGAGGUGACCCAGCUCAUUCCCACCACCACCAAGCUCCCUCCACCAGAAGCAACCAACCGCACACCAAAGACCACAGUUCUGGUGACCAAGCGUCCAAACCCCACCCCAUUCCCCACCAAGACCCAGGACAGCCACAACCAACCUCAUCUGGUAGACCAGCGAGACUACUCCACUGAGCUGUCCGUGACCAUCGCUGUGGGCGCCUCCCUGCUUUUCCUCAACAUCCUCGCCUUUGCUGCUCUCUACUACAAAAAGGACAAGAGGCGACAUGACGUCCACAGGCGCUGCAGUCCCCAGCGGAGCACAGCCAAUGAUCUGGCCCACACUCAGGAGGAGGAGAUCAUGUCUCUGCAGAUGAAGCAGCACUCGGACAUGGACCGAGACUGCAGGGGCGUCAGUGACUCUCUGCACCCACAUGAUGUGGUACUGAGGACUGCCUGUCCACCGGACUACACCCUGGCUAUGAGGCGUUCGCCAGAUGACAUCCCGCUCAUGACGCCAAACACCAUAACCAUGAUCCCCAGCACCAUGGGAGGGCUCACCUCGCUCCACUCUUUUAACACCUUUCCCAGCAGUGGACAGAACAAUACCCUGCCUCAUCUGCACCCUCAUUCACAUUCCACGACCCGGGUAUAG